AUGCUCUGCUCCGCUGUGGUGGUAGCUGUGAUCACACGGAGUCUGCUUGGGGUGUAUUUCAGCACUCAAAGCUGGACAAUUUCGGCUUUGGAGACCACCUGUCACGUCGCUAAACGGGAGCAGCGGGAGAUUCAGCAGUGGUGGAAGCAGGAUGGGAGCAUGGAGGAAGAGAAAGCCAAGCAGUUGAACUAUUCAUUGCCUUAUACGAGGCAGACCCCGGAGUGCAAAGACCCAGACUCUGAAUUCUUUGAAGAAAACAUUAAUAAAUGUUGCAGCAAAUGUCCUCCAGGUUACCGUGUGUUUCAAAGCUGCAGUGGCAGUGCUGACACAGAAUGUACACCGUGCGAGAGAAACACGUAUACGGCGCUCUGGCACAGAGCUCGGCGCUGUCUUGCCUGCUCACCCCGCUGCAAUACCGGAUUCGUGCAGACUCAAGAAUGCACAAGGACCCAAGACCGAAUCUGCAGCUGCCCAGCCAACACCUACUGUGCUUCAAACAAAAGUCACGGUCGCUGCCUGGUUUGUAAAGCACACAAGACAUGUAGAAAAGGCUAUGGCGUUUCCAAACCAGGAACGAACAUUACGAAUAAAGACUGUUUCCCCUGCCCCCCCGGCACUUUUUCAGAUGAAGAAUCCUCAACUGCCUCCUGCAAACCGCACAGAGUCUGUCAAUCAGUGUCUGUUGAAGGAAGCAGCACAAGUGACACCGUCUGCAGUGACUCCGAGGUAGAUGUGGCUGUCAUAGCGACAUCUCCUCACACCACCACACCCAGCACUGGCCAGCUUACAGCAGAAAGCUCCGUUUCUGGAACCAACGAAAUAAAAACCAAUGCCGUCCAGCGAGGCCUUUCUCCUGAUGUGUCUCAGACCAUUGGUAUAAUAAUAGGAUUGACGUUUCUAAUACUCGUCGUAGUUGCAGGGGUUGCCUGUUGCAUUGUUUCUAGAAAAAAAGCUCCAGAUUUGAAGCAGCCUGACAAGAGGCCACGCGAUUCAGGAGCACAGAGCGCCAGUAGUCCUAAGCAGGAGGAGCAGCAUCUCUUGGAAACUCCUGGGUCAAGCAGCAGCUCUUUGGACAACACCGCUUCAAGAAUCAGUGUCAUAAGUAUUAAGAACACAGAAAAGAAAGAAACCGAGGGAACUCAGCAGAGCCGUAUGACCUCAGGAGGUUGUAAUCAUCACAGUGGAGCCAGACCCGGCUCUGCAAGCUCAGAGCAUUCUGCUAGUGGAGGAACGCAGGUGAACGUAACUUGUAUUGUUAACCUGUGUAAUUCAAACCACAACCCACAAUUUCCGGAACCGACCACUUCAACCACCACGGAUUAUGAAAAUGUUCCCUACUGCACUCCAACAGAGGAAGAAAUUCCCCUUUCUAAAGAAGAAAACCCCUUGAAAAGAAAAUCUGAAAUUCAAAUCUCAGUGGAAGCUGCAGAUAGUUUACCUCCAAGCUUACUGUUUCCAGACGGAAAGCCAUUUCCUCUGAGUGUUCAAGAUGCAGGGAUGAAAAAUAGCUAAAGAAGAUGACAGAUCAGAUAUUGACCAAUAAAACUCUAAGCAGCUUUUGAUCUGCUAAAAUAAACAAUGGGUUAAGAAUAGCAUUCUUAUGGAGACUUAAAAUCUAAAAUGUAUAAAGAUAUGGAGGGAUGCCGAGCCCUUUAAAAAUGUUUUAACCCUCUGAUAUGUAAUGGCUUUAAAAGUUGAAGGAAAAUCUUUGCAGAAGUCAGUGUUAUUUUUAAAAGCAUUCUUUUUCUUUUCAAUUUAGUAGUUUAUCCAUCAAAUUGUCACGUGCUUCCUUCUGUCAUGCCUUUACCACAUAUCUUGAUCCUGGCCUAGAGGGAUCUCCUCUGCAGCUGAAAAGGAAGUGUAUUCAGUCUUUGUGCUCAUUCAGUCAUCUGCUGAGUCUGCCUCCAGGAUGCCAUUUAGGGAUAAUGAUGGGAUUUUUGAUUCUCACAUCCCAUCGGCUAAGAACGGGACUAAGACCAGCAUUCCAUGAGAAAUGAGUUAGUGACCAGCCAUCCAAUGCUAUUGAUUUAGUCUCAUGUGUUUAUGGCAACAAAUUAUACCAUUUCCCAUCUGAUCCACCCACCUCUCAAAAAUAUUCACUUUUUUUUAAGGGAUGUAUGCUUCAGAUCUUUCCUUCUGUCCUUGAUAUUUUUUGCUGCUGUUUUCUCUCUUUCUCUCUCAUACCGUGGAGGCAUAUCUGUUCUCUAAGAUUUAUGUGUAUUAGAGGGUAAAAUCGUCUACAUGAGCUUUUAUACUAGAUUACAACUCUUCUAUUCAACAAUAGCAAAAAAAUGCACUUAUUUUUGUGCCAGCUGUACAUAUUUAAUAUACUUUUUUUAAAAGAAAUAUAUUUUAAGUAGAACCUGUUACAUUGAAGUAGGUAAUUGUCAAUCUAAGGGCUGUCAUCUUUGUGCCAUGGUUGAUUUAAUGCUGUUAGCUGGCUGACUCUUACGUCAUUUCUUGAGGUCUGUCGGAGAGAACUGUGCGUGCCAAAUAUUUUCCUCUACAUUUCAAUUAAUAACGGUGAAGACAAAUAUGUAUCUCAUCCUGGUUGACCCCAGGAAACGGUGAAAGGCUGAAUGGAAUGAAACCUCAGAACCACAAAAUCAGCUGUUUGUGAUUAUAUUGUUCUCUAGUAGCUGAUCUGCGAGGAGAUUGUACUCCCUACUGACAACUAAUGGAGACUUUUCUUUAGCGCCGGUGGCAGAAGUCUGCGCUUUUGAAGCUCAAAUUAACCAGCAACUGUGGUGUCUGCAUUCAAACAUAAAUUUGUUACAAAGUGCCUGAGUCAGAUUCCAGCUGACUCAGAUUCAGGCUAAGUCAAACUGGGGUCUGAAUUCUGUCCUUAUUAAAACACCUGCAAAUCUUAUUGGAGCUGUUCAAGAGUAACAUAAUGCAAAAUUUAUUCCAGAGGCUUUAGGCUGAAGAAGAAUGCCUUUACGUAGCUUUCAUUCAACAGCUGCUGAAGAGCAAGUAUGCUUUACACUUUCACCUAAACUUUCAGGAUUAUCCUCUGUGGCUGUGGAGGUUAGAGGUGAAACAUGCUGAACUAUAUUUUAACUUGCAUUUGAGAGUAUGCUCUGAAAUGACUUAGCAUAUGGAAACACUGAAAUUAAUCCAAAACCACAGAAUUUAUGCUUAAUAGGACUUGAUUGCACAGCAGGCUCUUUCCCGCAAUGUGCUGAACAUCU